UUCAACGGUUUGGUGUUAAGACAAGAGAGCCCCCAACAAUUGCCCGUGCGCAAGUGAAUCGAAAUUGAAAUAUCAAUUGAUCGGUUUCUGUUUUGUGUUCAAUAUUCGUACGACAAAUUGGCUUUAACACAACGAAUCCUUGAAUACCGCCAUACCCGAUGGAUGCAACCAAAUCGAUAAAUACCAAAUCUUCGGCAUUUUCAAUAGAAAAUAUUUUAGAGCAAAAAUCGGAAAAGAAAACUGCCCCCGUCAAGCUGUCGUCGUUAAAUGUGAUCACAAAACCUAUAGCUACCACUGCAUCUGCGGCGGCAGAAAUCCAUCCGGUGCCGUCCUCAGUUUCGCCCACCCACAGUAGUUUAUCUCAAAAAACUCCCGACCUAGAACAAUACACCGCCUUUAAAAAUCUCACUUUAAAAAUGCCCGAAUCCCCGUCUCAGCUACCCACCUCGCCCAACACAAUGCUGCCACAUUUGCCAGCAAAUCAAUUGCUGACAUCCCUCCAUCCCGCCACCGCCGCCGCUAUGUCACCUUCAUCACCAUCGGGUCCUGCCAAUCUCCACUUUGAAGCGUUGUACGAUCCAACCGCUUCGCUGUUCUAUCAACAAAUUUUAAAUUUACAAAAGAACUCGGCCUUUUUAAUGCCCCACAUUCAGGCGGCAGCUGCGGCGGCUGCCAUGGCCAAUGCUGCCGCUGUCAAUGGAGUACGCAGCCCGACCGCCACUACACCGUCGGUAUAUUGUGAUCCAGCCUAUGGCCAGUUUUUGGAUUGUGAAGGUUUUCCUGCUGCCGCUCUCUAUUGCAAUGCUGCUGCCGGCUAUCCUGGUUUCUAUAUGCCCGGUUUUGGUGUCAAACGCAAAGGUGGUCAAAUACGUUUCACCUCUCAACAAACGAAAAAUCUCGAAAAUCGUUUCAUCUCAUCGAAAUAUCUGUCACCCGAAGAGCGCCGCCAUUUAGCCAUACAACUAAAGUUAACAGAUCGUCAAGUGAAGACAUGGUUCCAGAAUCGACGAGCCAAAUGGCGUAGAGCCAAUCAAGCGAAACGAUCGGCGGCUCAUUAUGCUUCAAUACAGCAGCAUCAGACAACAGGUGCCGCCAAUGGGGGAUCGACAUCGGGACCAGCCAACGGCGCGACAAGUGUUAUAAAAACAAAUCAAAUGAUUGCAACAACAACAGCCACGACGACAAAUGGAAACAAUACCAACCCGCAUUUAAGUGUUGACGAACAACAAUUUUUGUCCGAAAACAGUGAAAGUGAUGUGGAUUCCGAUGAGGAGGUCUAUGUUCAGGAUAGGCCGAGAUCUGAGUAAUUAUUGAUUAUAGAGAAGAGAUUUUGUUUUUUGUAAUUUAUAAGAGACUUUGUGUAAAUAGUUAAUUUAAGGACAACCAAUGUUUAGAAUUAAGUAAUACUAAUAUUAAAAUUUAGAUUUGAAGAGAAUCCAUUUCGCUCGCUAUGAGCCUUUAGGGUGGGUAGUCAAUUACAUUAAGAAAGUUAGAAAAGAAAGUGUAAUUUGACAUCCCAUCGACUGUUUCGGACUUGAAUUAUUAUCCCCUCGUCUUGUUGAGCAUUUAUUAGAUUUUAAGUUAGUAUUUGUAAUUUAGUUCUAGAAAUGUAAAUAAUGUUUAAAUUAUGAAAUAAAAAAAAAUACCAAAGUAA